CAGUUCAGUUUACGAUCGCUCCAAUUUCCGGCCAUUAUAUUUACCGCGAAAAUAAACAGAAGGCCGACCGUGAUUAAAGCCAUACAAACGACUCCGAUCCCGGCGGUCCCGGAUUUUCACAGCCCGCCCUUAUUCCGCCAUUUAAUACCACCGCAAAGAAUCCUCCCAAAAAUCCCUUGCAUUUCUCGAAAUCAGAAUCCAAGAGUGAUUUUAGAACAGGGGAAGAAGUCCGGCAAUGGGCUCUCUUCCGCCAUCUCUCGAUCUUCCUUCCGAUCCCAAACACCGCCAGCAGCAGAUCGACGAAUCCACCCUCCUGGAUCUCUUCAAAGCCCAGCAGAACCACCUCAAUUACUUCUUUCGCCACCUCGAUCUCUCGCAGGCGCUCUCCUUCGCCCACACCCUCCUCAACUCUUCCGGCACCAUCUUCUUCUCCGGCGUCGGCAAGUCCGGCUUCGUCGCCAACAAGAUCUCGCAGACCCUCGUCUCCCUCGGCAUCCGCGCCUCCUUCCUCCACCCCGUCGACGCCCUCCACGGCGACAUCGGCGCCCUCUCCUCCCUCGACGUCCUCGUCCUCUUCAGCAAGUCUGGUAACACCGACGAGCUCCUCCGCCUGGUCCCCUGCGCCAGGGCCAAAGGUGCUCGCCUGGUGUCGGUGACUUCCGUCCAAGGGAACGCCCUGGCGUCUGUCUGCGAUAUGAAUGUACAUUUGCCGCUGGAGAGGGAGCUCUGCCCUUUUGAUUUGGCACCGGUAACCUCCACCGCGAUCCAGAUGGUGUUUGGGGAUACGGUGGCGAUCGCGCUUAUGGGAGCGAGGAAUUUGACCAAGGAGGAGUACGCGACUAACCAUCCUGCUGGCAGAAUCGGCAAGAGCUUGAUUUUCAAGGUGAAGGAUGUUAUGAAGAAGCAAAAUGAGCUGCCGGUGUGCAGGGAGGGAGAUCUGAUUAUGGACCAGCUGGUUGAGCUGACUAGUAAAGGCUGCGGUUGCCUUCUUGUCAUUGAUCCUGAUUAUCACCUUAUUGGGACGUUUACUGAUGGUGAUCUCCGGCGAACUCUCAAGGCUAGUGGGGAAGCCAUAUUCAAGCUUACAGUUGGGGAAAUGUGCAACAGGAAACCAAGAACAAUUGGUCCAGAUGCAAUGGCAGUGGAAGCAAUGAAGAAGAUGGAAUCACCACCAUCACCUGUACAGUUUUUGCCUGUGAUCAAUGAUCAGAAUGUUUUGAUUGGAAUCAUAACCCUCCAUGGACUAGUUUCAGCAGGUCUUUGAUCUCAACAGCUAUUAUUCCAGGCGGAGCCAUAUGUAGUUCCAUGUCAACAAUAGUGUUUUUCCUUCUGCAGAAGGAUGAUUAUCAUCAUUCCUUGUAGUCAUCAGUCAUCACUCAAGAUAGCGGCUGGGUGGGAUUUUGCAGAGGGGAUCUUCUUUUGCAUUCUUUCACGAUUGACAUCGAAACAAUGAAACUCCUUGUACUGUACCGUCGAUUUCUGUAAUAUAG